UACUUGAAUUCAGUUAGAAAGCAAAUAUAUUUCAAUUUCAUAAUUCAAAUCCAUAUUUAUUUACUUUCUAAAAUGGGCGAUGGGGAUAAAUUACCCCGUCUCGAACUUGUAUCCACAUUAGGUUUCCAAGGUAAGAUUAGAAAUGGCCUGGUAUUUCAUCCUGAUAAAAAACACAUAGUUUAUAGCAUUGGGCAAACUGUGAUGGUAAAAGAUGUAGGAAGUGGAAAAGAAUAUAGAUAUUGUGGACAUUCAAAUUCUGUUUCAUGCGUUGCUGUAUCUAAAGAUGGUACAUUACUUGCAUCUGGCCAAGAAAAUUUUAUGGGAUUUAAGGCUGAUGUAAUUAUAUGGAAUUUUGAAGAGAAAAAAAUUUAUGGAUCUCAUUCUAUUCACCGAGUGAAAGUUGAAGCAGUAGCAUUCACUUGUGACUCAAAAUAUGUUGUUUCUUUAGGAGGUCAAGACUGUGGAAGCGUAGUUGUAUAUGACAUAGAUGGAUUAGUUCCACUGUGUGGUAACACAGCAGCACCACUAGCUGGAGGGUAUGCUAACAUUUUGCGAUGUGCUAAUACUAGAAAUGAUAUCUUUUUUUCUGCUGGGAAUAAUAGUUUGCGCAUAUGGAAAAUAGACUUCAAGAGUAGAAGAGUAACACCUACAAAUGCAGCUAUAGGACGGAUAAAAAGAGAAAUAAAGUGCUUUGAUGUUGAUUUAAGUGAUUCAUUCUUGUAUUGUGGAACUGCUUCAGGUGAUAUCCUUAAACUUCAAGUUGUAAUGUUGGAGGGUGAACAUUUGGCAUAUGAUGCUAAACUGCUGAACUGUUUAACUAGAGUGAUCAGUAAAGAAAUUGUUGGAGAUAUACCACUUUACAGUGGUGGUGUGACAGCAAUUGCAGUUUUGAAAACUGGUGAACUCUUAAUCGGAACUGGUGACGGUCUAGUUUGCCGUGCUACUCAAGUUGAAAUUCGAGCAAAAGAUGCUUCAAAGCUUUUAUCAAAGAAACCGGGAGGAACUAAAAGCAAAUCAAAAGUAGAAACUAAACUAAAAGAAUUAGAGAAAACAAUUGUUAAGGGAUAUGUUUCAUCGAUUGCCUUACGAGGAGAUGGUCAUCAGUUUCUUGUUGGUUCUGGGAAAUCAGAAAUAUAUCAAGUGACACUUAUAGGAUUUCAGGCUGAACGCAUUUAUACUUGUCAUGGAAGUGCUGUUAAUGAUAUUGUUUUUCCUUUCAAAUGCUCCGAUUUAUUUGCUACAUGUUCAAAGGAAACAGUUCGAGUUUGGAAUGUUGCAUCUUCCCAAGAGCUUUUAAGGAUUUCAGUUCCUAAUAUGACUUGCAAUUCUUUGUUUCUGAUGCACGAUGGACGAUCUAUUAUAAGCGGUUGGGAUGAUGGGAAAAUCAGAGCACAUACACCAGAGACUGGACAACCUUUGUACAUUAUAGAAAAUGCCCAUCAGCGAGGUGUCACUGCUAUUACUGCAACUUCAGAUUGCUUAAGAAUUGUCAGUGGUGGUGGGGAGGGAGAUGUAAGAGUGUGGGAUGUUACAACAAGUGUACAAGUUCUUGUACGGACAAUGAAAGAACAUAAAGGAGGAAUUACUUGCGUUCGCAUGAAAAGUGAUGAUAAAGAAUGCGUUACUUCUGGCGCAGAUGGUUCUUGCAUAAUUUGGGAUUUAGAGAAUUUCAAUAGGAUACAGGUAGUGUUUGCCAAUACUAUUUUCCAAGGAGUGUGCUAUGGACCUGGUGAACAUCAAAUUCUUAGUUGUGGUUCUGAUAGAAAAGUAACUUAUUAUGAAGUGUUAGAUGGCACUCCAGUGAGAUCCCUUGAAGCAUCCUUGUCAGGAUCCAUUAAUGCUCUUGACAUCACUGAUGAUUGUAAAAUUUUUGUCACUGGCGGAGCUGAUAAGCUUAUAAAGGUCUGGAAGUAUAUUGAAGGAAUAAUAACACAUGUAGGAGAGGGACAUAGUGAUGAAAUAACUGCCCUUCGAAUAGCACCAAAUAGAAAAUAUAUUAUUAGUGUUGGAAAAGAUGGUUGCAUUAUUCGUUGGAAAUUUCCUCAAUAAUAUGUUUUUUAUUUAUUUCUACUGAUGUUUAUUACUUUUGAUAUUUUUAUUAAUUUAAUUAAAUAUGGUAUCUUAGAAAUGACUGG